AUGAAUGGUAAUCUCCCGGGUGUGCCUAGACAGCAAUUCGAGCGAUACCUAGACUCUGUGGUGAAGAUUUUCGCGGUGACUGUCAGCCCUAACUACAUACAGCCAUGGAGUGUAAAGCCACAGCGAGAGUCUACAGGCUCUGGGUUUGUGAUCGAAGUUAACCAAGCUAUGGUAAGCCUAGUUAAUCAAGCCAUGAUAAACCUAGUUAACCAAGCUAUGGUAAACCUAGUUAACCAAGCUUUGGUAAGCCUAGUUAACCAAGCUAUGGUAAGCCUAGUUAACCAAGCUAUGGUAAGCCUAAUUGAUCAAGCUAUUGUAAACCUAGUUAACCAAGCUAUGGUAAGCCUAGUUAAUCAAGCUAUGGUAAACUUAGUUAACCAAGCUAUGGUAAACUUAGUUAACCAAGCUAUGGUAAACUUAGUUAACCAAGCUAUGGUAAGCCUAGUUAACCAAGCUAUGGUAAGCCUAGUUAACCAAGCUAUGGUAAACUUAGUUAACCAAGCUAUGGUAAACUUAGUUAACCAAGCUAUGGGAAACCAAGUUAACCAAGCUAUGGUAAACCUAGUUAACCAAGCUAUAGUAAACCUAGUUAACCAAGCUAUGUGCCAGCGUUUAGCUAUGGCGCGGAUGGCAUAUGCUUCUCUGAAGCUCGGGCAAUGGGUUAUUGCAAUCGUCUGUGUGUACAAGAAGAAGGUAGUAAGCUCUGCCACUGAUCUGGGCCAACACUGUAACAGGCUGCAAUUGAUUGUGCACGCAAAUCAGCAGGAUCAGAUGUAUCCACCUAUGGACUUCUCAGUUGCUAAAUCAGCAGGGAACCAAGGUCUAAGUAAGCGUUCUAAAGUACUGCGCAUUCAGGACUCGCCCAAGGGUCCCCCUACCACUCCUACGGGCAUACAUAUUUUCAGUAGUACUGUCCUCUGCCGUCGCAUCCUUACUAAUGCUCAUGUGAUCGCUAACGGAACCUCCAUUAUGGUACGCAAGCAUGGGUCACCCAAGAAGUUCCCGGCGAAAUGUGAACACACAGGCAUGUUUCCAUAA